AUGGACUUUGAGAAAGCCGGAGAUGGAAGAAAGUUGCAAUUGCAAGAAUUAGAAAACCUUCGCCAAGAAGCUUAUGAGAAUUCCAGGCUCUACGAAGAGAAGGUGAAGGCUGUGCAUGAUAAAUUAAGGCUCAUGCCGGACAAGUUGAGAUCAAGAUGGGACGGUCCCUAUCAAGUAGAGAAGGCUGAGCCAUAUGGAGUCUUUCACUUAAGUCAUCCUUCAAGCUCUGAAUUCAUCAAGGUCAAUGGAUAUCGCCUAAAGCUAUAUCAUGGUGAGAAGAUGCAGAAGAACAAGGAGCUAGAGAUCUUCCUCUUGGAGGAUCCACCAACAGCAGGAGACUGA